AUGGAACAUACUCAUCAUAAUAAUAUUCAUCAACAUCAUGAGAAUAUCAAUUCUUUGUCCUCAAGUCAUAUAGCUAAUGGAAAUGAUGGUUUAUUUCUUAGUUAUACCUAUUUAGGUAUAGUUCUAUUAGGUUUAGGUCUAUGGUGGUGGAUUCAAGCAUUAAAACAACAUUAUUCUUUUAUAAAACAACAACAACAACAUCAUCAUCAUCAUCAUAAUCGUAAUGAUGAACCAUAUCCUACAACAUUAUCAUCCAAUAGAUCAUGGUGCUGUAAAGAUUAUUUAGGUGAAGGUUUAUGUAAAGUAAUUUGUUGUAUCAUUGGUAUCAGUGUUGAAUGGAUCACAUUGAAAUUAGGUCGUCAUUAUGAAUAUGCACAAUUUCCAUUUUAUACAGCAAUGUUAAUAGUUGGUUUAUUGGAUAUAUUCAUGUCUACAUUAAUUGCACUACCGAAAGGAUUUCAUUCUAUGAUGCAUGCAUUACCAUUCUUUAUACAAAUGUAUUGUUUACGUGCUCAAUCAUAUCAACAACCACAUAUUACAGAAACAUGUUGUUUAUUGAUUAGUUAUUGGGGAUUUAUUGUUGCUUUGUCCAUUAUACAUGAAAUGAUGAUGAUGAUGUCGACGACGACGACGACGACGACGAUGUCUACAAUGAAGGGGUUGGGGAUGUCGAUGGGGGUGAACAAUUCCUUAUUAUGGACAUGGAUCAAAUGUUUCAGUGUAAUGAUACAUGGAUCAUGGAUAUGUCAAAGUGGAUUUUUAUUAAAUUCUCCAUUCAAUCCAGCAUGGAAUGAAAGUGAUCAUGAUAAAGUGAUGUUAACUGUUGUUAUAUUUGUAUGGCAUAUGUUUAUUGUUAUGAUUGGACAAUUAUUCUUAUUAAUUAUAAUGGCUAAAUGUUAUGGUGUUUCAUCAGAUUGGACUGAGGUGAUGAAUUCCUCGACAUCGAGAAACACAUCAUCAUAUAAACAUGAUAGACACUCAUUGAAUAAAUCGAAUCCUAUCAAUCAAUAUGAUAAUAUUGAAUAUACCAAGCUACUGAAUACAGAUUAUAUUGAAUAG